AUGGCCGCUGUCUCUGGUCCCUCUACCGCCCGCCAUCCCUCGCCCUUCCGGAGAGCAAACAAGAUCUCCUCAAGACCGCCCCCGGCGCCGUCGAGCGGUAGUAGUGGGCACAGCGCGCACCACGGAAUCCCCGACCCGUAUUACGGGCACGAAGAGACAGCAAAGCUGUGCGGAAGGUUCGUGACGCAUUUAUUUGCGUGCCCCGACCUUCCGCCGUUAUCCACCGCCAACCCGCCAGCGCCGUCGCCGCCCCUCGCGCUGUUCAUUGCAUACGCCCUGCAUCGAACGCGGCUCCAUACCUCCGUCACUUUCGCCGCCCUCUACCUGCUCCAGCGACUAAAAGCCCGAUUCCCCGCCGCUCGCGGUUCGUCAGGCCACCGCCUAUUCAUCUCCGCCUUCAUGAUCGCCUCUAAAGUUAUCUGCGACGACACCUAUUCUAACAAGUCGUGGAGCAUCGUUGGCCAGGGCAUGUUCGCCCUCCGCGAAGUCAACCAAAUGGAGCGCGAGAUGUGCUCUUACCUGGAGUGGCAGCUCAAUAUCGAGCCGGGAGCGUUGAAGGAGUUCGAGGCGAAGGUACGGAGAGACUUCAAGGGCCAAGGGCCAUACCCAACGUACGUCCUCCCCACCCCAGCGCCGACACCAGUUCCCUCGACGACACCCUACGGUGCCACGUCGACUGCAACGCCAAGCUUCGCCGCACGUCCGUCGACGUCGCCGCCAAAGCCCACCCCCAUGCCCGUCGACACUCCCCCAGCGUACCCCAGUCCGCCGACAAGCCCCGACACGCCCGACACGCCCGAGCAGUCGUACUCGACCUCGACAAGUCCGGCCUCGUCCGCGUCGCCAUCGACGCCACCGGGGUUCGUCGACGCCAACAUCCGUAUCGCCUCGCACAGCACCCAUGGGACGCCACACGCGAUCGAGCAAGACUCCGUCGCCGCCGUCGUGCCGCCGCCACUGCGAAAGCAGACGAGCAAGUCGCUCUCGCGCUCGAACACCCUCGAGUCCAUCCCCACGAAGGAGUCCCCUUCGAUAUCGACGACGUCAACCGACCACUCUUCGACGGCGAAGAAGGCGAAAGGGCAGGACUGGUACGCGCACGCGGUGCCGUGUGUGUGGUAG